CUUUAUGUGUGUGACAUAUAGUCUACUUCCCUAACGGAACACAUUCGGUUUGCACUAAGAUCGAUACCCUAAUAGCACACUUGUUAUUGUGUAUAUGCUAUUUUCAAGGACUGUUUGCUGUUUACGUUGAUCGUAGCAGAGAUAAGAUAAUAUGUAAUGAGAUGUAGACCUAUAAGGCAUGUUUUAGCUUCUGUGACCCAUUUUUGGCUCUUUAUUUGUGACUGGUCGAUAGGCUGAAAACGAAAGUUGCGCGUUUCCAGGAAUCUGUCGAUUCGCCAAGUGUGAGCGAAUGUGGCUAUUUAUAGACACGAACAUGUCAUUUGUUGUCAUGAUGGAAGCUUGUUUACAUCUGAAUGUCACUUGGCGACACAGUUCGUCUCGUGUUGGUGCUACGCGUCUGUUGCAGUGUUUACAGUUUUGAUUAAAAGAUAAAAAGAUACAAAUUAAGCUUUAGUAUAUGAUUUAUAUAGCUGCCUUUUUUGGAAGUGCUAAAGCUUAUGUGGCAUAUUCUGAGGAAAAAGCAGCUGAGAUAAUUUUGUGUUCUAUUUAUAUCAGAAGAAGUGGUGGCAUUUGGCACUAACGUAGGGUAAGUGGUGGAGUAAUACUUUUUUUUAGGUGGCAUUAAUAAGUUCUGCAAUCUAUUUUUUUUUCUGCAGGGCUCCAUUACGCUCCAUAUGUUAGUGGACACGUCAAGCUUUCUUCCUGGUCAAAAGAGUCGAUAGUGUGAGUCGCAGCAGAUGAAAAAAAUAAACUGCGGUAUCUAAAUCUGUUAGCAAUGUAUACAAGAGCAAGAGCUGCACAAAUUCAAGUCGUCCUUGACCGGUACAACUCUGACCUCAACAUGUGCAUAACACCGAACGGACUGUCAGCCUACAAUCUCAACUCUCCCAAAGGAUUCCGGCUACUAUGGGCCGGCGCCAGAGCAACGCAUGGUGUGUGCCAAGGAAGAGUGAUGUUUGAAGUCAAGAUCACUGAGUCUUUGCAGAGCAAAACCGACAUCGGCUUCAGUGAACCCCAUCCCAGCGUUGUCAGGGUGGGCUGGUCAGAAGACAGUCCGUCCUUCUCCCUGGGCGAGGGCGGCGAGUCGUUCGGUUAUGGUGGACUCGGCAAACUCAGCUACCGUAACACGUUUAGGGACUACGGGGCAGAAUUCGGACUUGGUGACGUCAUCACAGCGCUGCUCGACCUGGACAGUAGUCCCGGAACUAUUGCUUUCAUGAAAAACGGACUCCACCUUGGUACGGCUUACACGCUGUCAAAGUCUGGAAAGGAAGUUAAAGCUUUGUUUCCACACGUAUCUUGCAAAAACGCCAAAUUUGAGGUCAACUUUGGCCAGAAUAGCGAUUGGGCACCAAAGCCGAGUUCUUACAAUUUCAUCGACCAUUUACCCUCGGAAAUGAGAAUAAAGGGGCUCGAACCUUCGCCGCUCCCGUAUGAAGUAAUCAUGCUUGUAGGUCUUCCCGGUUCUGGUAAGACGACAUGGGCGUUGCAGAAACAGGAGUCGGAGCCGAACAAACGCUACAACAUUUUGGGCACGGAUCGCCUAAUAGACCAAUUCAGAGUCAUGGGCGUCGCCAGACACUCGGGCUACUCCGAUAGGUUCGAUCUCUUUUUUAGCAUGGCCAAUGAAUGUCUAAAUGAACUAAUGAGCAUUGCAAUCAGACACCCGAGAAACUACAUCAUUGACCAGACGAACCUAUACCCAAGCGCUAGAUUUAGAAAAAUGAAACCGUUUUCCAACUUCCGGCGAAUAGCGGUGGUCAUUCAACCGGAAAUCGGUGAACUGGAAAGAAGAUCCAAAAAGCGCACUCAAGACACUGGCAAGUCGGUCCCUGCCAAUGACAUCAGAAAAAUGAAAGCCAAUUAUAUUUUGCCAGAAGACAGAGAUAAUAUAUUUCAACAAAUACAAUACGUAGGUUUGGACAAGGAAAAUGCGCAGAAAUUAGUCAUACGCUAUAAUCAACAAAGUAUUGGAUAAAACAGUUCAAACUGGUGACGAUAUAUGAGGUUUUUUUAACUUAAAUUUGACUAAAGCCAUGUAUAGUAUGUACAUAUGGAAAAAAAAACUAUUCACUCUUUCAAAUGUAGGUCAACGUAUUCAUACGACAAAGCGGUAAGACCUACCCUUUGAUCUGCUACGUUUUUAGUGUUUUAUAUUUUUAUAACGCCUCGUCAGACGUACCCGUUACCUGUACUAGGAAAAAGGUCGAUUGAUGAAAUAAAACUAAAAGUUGAUAUCAAAGAAGUAUUCGCACUCUAUGAAAUACAACAGCAAAAACCCAGAUAAAACUAUUUUGAGAAUCCACUUAUCCAUUUUGCAUUGAAGCAAUGUGCGUUGGUGCAUUUCCGUAAACAGGUUAUCUAAAAAUUAUACAAUAUGUAGUAAAAAAAAAUUAUUAAAAGACUACCUUACAUGACAUUAGUACAUUUUUAUAUAAAAACAAAAACAAGUAAUUACGAGACUAAAUGAUGAACUAAUGGGUUGGAUCCAUAGACAUAAAUAAAUAUAGACUGGCCGAUAAUAGAGUUUUAUGAAACGAAUAUUUGUGACUUGCAUUUCUGUGUACUUUAUUUAUGUCUAGGAGUUUUGUUUAAUCUCUAAGACUGAAGAUCAUGCAAUUUUUCAAUUUUUCAGAAUUCGGAAAUCCGAAUACAAUAGAUAUACAUGUUUUCAAGUUACAUGAAGUUAUUUCCUUUUUCCAGUCUAUAUUUAUUUAUGUCUAUGGUUGGAUCAAUAUUUCUAUGUGUUGUCGUAAAAGAAAAAUGAGUUUGUAUGCAGAUUUUUUUGAUGUUUGUAUGAGGUAAUGUGGUGGAAAAUUCGAUCACAAAAAUCCAAACAUACUAGAAAGAUACAGAACUAGUUAAUAUAAGCGUUGUAAAGUAAAUUAAUUUAUAUUUUCCAUACAUGUAAUUCAGUAAACUAAACAUCCAUAUCGUAUUUGUCUUAGAAGAAGUACGAAUUGAUCUGUAUGGUUAUUGAACCCAAGACGUUCGCGUCUAACCAACUUAGCUUAACAGCCAUACUACAAAGGGUCGAACAUUAAUAUAUAGAUCAAGAUCUAUAAAAUUAUUUUUAUUCUCUUCCACGUAGCUUUUUUUUUUUCAAUAAAUUUAAUGAUUCAUUAAGUGAUCAUUCAAAACUUUUUAAGAAGUGUUUUGUCUGGCAGCACGAAUUUAUGUGGCUAAUUUCACCAUGACAGAAUAGUGGAACCACAGACAUAUAACAUAGAUCAGUCUGUGGGUGAAACAUUGUCAUAAUAAAUGAUUCAAAUUUUUCUUAUUUUUUUUACUUUUUUUUUAGUAUGAAGAAAGUGUGAGUUACUAGUAGGAAUUUAUAUUUUAAAUCAUAAUACACACAAAAAAAAUUUAAAUGAUGAAAUGAUUGGAUAAGUAAUGCUUAAAUUGUGUGACCUAAUUGCGAAAAGGAGGCACGGUGGUUGAGAGUCAAGCGCUUGGUUUCCGAACCGGGAAUCCCAGGCUCAAAUCCUGGUGAAGGCUGGCAUUUCUAAUUUCGGGAUCCUUGGGCAUUUCUGAGUUCAGCCAACUCUAAUGGAUACCUUACAUUAGUUGGGGAAAAGCAAAGGCGGUUGGUCGUUGUGUUGGCCACAUGACACCUUCGUUAACCGUAGGCCACAGAAACAGAUGACCUUUACAUCAUCUGCCCUAUAGACAACAAUGUCUGAAAGGGGAACUUUACUUUUUUUUUAAAUUGCGAAAGGCUGUACAGAUGUGAUUUUAUACAGACCUGUUAGUUUUCAAAGUUUCAUAGCCUAUACAUUGGUAGAGGUCCAAUCAAAUUUUAAAACAAUCAAACCUUUGUUAGAGAAUGUCUUAAUGAGAUGUAUUGUCCAGUUUAUGUCAGACUAACGAUUAUUAUUGUAUAUGAAUUUUUAACAAAUACUAUUUUUGUUAUACGUCAUUUUUUAUGAGAAAAAUGGUAAGCACUCCUAGAUCUAACUCCUGCAAAUAUUAUCUUACCUUACCUUAUAAAAUAGAGACGUUACAUAAAAAAAAAAAUGAUUACGUCCUAUGCGUCAUGCAUCUAGUCAUGCAUGUUAAGUUGUUAACCGAUGACUUAAACUCUGCCAAGUCACUGGUUUUCCUGGCUGCCUCAGGCAACCCAUUCCAUGCUCUAAUAGCACUAGGGAAGAAGGAGUAUUAGUACAAAUUUGUCCUAGCAUAUGGAACUAGGAAUCCAAGUAUUUAGGUCACAUCUGUAAAAAUGUCAGUAAAGAAUUGAAAGCGAGUUUAUGUAUGGUAUGGUUUAGUUUCAACAUCGUUUAAGACAUUCCAUCUGAUUACGUCAUAAAAGUGGGAGGUGAUAACCAGAAAUGUGUAGAGCAGCAGAAAGUGCUAUAGAGUUACGACUAAAAUUCGCAGGAGACUGGAUUCGUAGGCUACCUGCUCAUGAGUAGACAUCUACCCACCAUUGUUACAGAGAGUGAAUAGUUUUCAUACAUCGACAGAAUGUAAAGUUUUUAGAAAAUCAAAGAACUUGUAGUUUUUGCAGAAGAAAGAAUGUUUAGUUUUCAGAAGAUCGGAGAAUGUAUAGCUUACAGAAGAUUAGAAAAUCUAUAGUUUUCUAAACUUGAGAGAAUUUAUAGUUUUCUAAAAAUGAGAGAAUGCAUAUUUUUUAAAAGAUCAGAGAAUGUAUAGUUAUUAGAAGAUUAAAGAAUGUACUAUUUUUUUUUUAGAAUAUUGGUGAAUGGAUAGUGUCCAUAAAAUAAGAAAAUAUAUUUUUUUUAGAAUAUUAGAGAAUGUAUUUUUUUUUAGAAUAUCGGAGAAUGUAUAUUUUUCAUAAAAUGAGAGAGUGUAUAGUUUUCAGAAACUGAAUGUAUAUAUAGUGAGAUUAUAGCCUUAAACUUUUUAAUGAUCUAGUUAUAAUUUUUUGUUUUCUUUUAAAAUAAGCUGACAGGAAUAGUACCAGAUACAUAAAUUUGAGGAGUUAUUAAAGGCAUUAAUAAUAUCACUUUACACAUGCUCGCCCUGAUGGCCAGAUUUCGCCACCCUUGUGUACUCAAUAUAUACUUUCAUUGGUAUGUCUUUAUGAAUGUAAAACUAUACUCUUUAUUUAUAUUUUGCUUCCAGUAAAUCUAAGUGCCAUUGUUCUUCAUCGUUACCGUGAUAUAACUUUUUUUUAAAUGUGCAUGUUAGCAAUUAUUAUUUAUUGAAUCAAUCGCAGGUUCAAUUUAACUAUAAGAUUCUGUAGAUGUGUAUGUUGUAACCGUUGUUAUACUUAAUUUAACUUAAUACAUUUAACGAAUCAAAUAAAAAUCCAUAAAAACAUCAUUA